UAAAAAUUAAGUAAAUGUUAUCAAUUAUUGGAUUCUAAGGUUAUUGGGAUGUGCAUUUUUUUGUGCUGAGUAAAUGAUUGAAACUACUGGUCCGCGGACCGGGGGUUGGGGCCUCCUGAUCUAUGCAGUCUUCCAUUUACAACCGGCCCUUUAAGGGAACUGUAUGGCUGUGGCCCCCGGUGAAAAUUAGUUUGACAGUCCUGCCCUAAGGCAUCUGAAGGUUUACUUGAAUUAUUUGAAGUCAAUGUUUUGCUAGUAUAUAAGAAGGGCGGUUGUGAGGACUACAUGUGAGGAUUACGUUCUGGUUACAUUAAAUGUUACAGACCAGAAUUAGCCCAUUCCCAAUGAUUCCCAACUAUUUAAAAUAUCCCAAUAAUAAACUAAUGAAGAAUGCAUAAUUACGUAAUAUGUUCAUGCAAAAUAUGAAAUAUACGGGGGUGUGUCACAUUGUUACAGUUAGCUUUAGAAAAAUUAGAGAUAGUUUAAGGGAAAAUAAAUUAAUGGAAAGUUAGAAUGUUCAUACUGAUAAACAUGCGUCUCCUUUAGCGCUUAAAGAAAGUGACAGGGAAACGUAACCGUCACUGGGCUUCUAUUGGACAAUCCAGUUGUCAAUAACAUACAGCGCCUACUCAUAUCCACAGUCCUAUUCACAUUGAUUUUCCCUAUCUUUGAUCAUAAUAUCAAUCAUAUCAAACGGAAAGAGAGAACGUGGAAGUAGUAUUUGAACGCGAAGCAACAAAAUCGGUUUGGAUGAGGUACGAUCUGCGGAUCUCCGGUUGUGUUUCCUGCGGAGCACACGAGCCUGCACUCCCUCUGAAUUAGCGAGGAAGACACGAAGCCCAAUCUCUCGCGAGGAACAACGUCGUUAUCGGAAUCUCUACAAACAACACGAGAAUUCGUCAUUCACACGCUUGGUUGUGAACAAUGUCCGAUUUGGAGGAAAUUGUGCAAAUAACAGUGGAGGACUUUCAACAAGAUGAACGUACAGACUUGCUCGACAAUAAUGAAAAUGAUGAAGAAAGGCCGCAGAAGAAAAAGAGAAAAUUGAGCAACAGUUUAGAGAACAACAUGAACAACCAGGAAAUACAUUUUAUAAAGAACCUUUUGGUUUCAUUUACUGCAUCAGUCAAUCAGCGACUGGAGGGAAUCGAGUCCAAGCUGGAGGCACUGGAUGCCACUUGCAAAGCCCUCGGACGCAAACUAGACACCACCAUGCCCUGCUCCAAGAGCCCAAUACAGGUUCCCAUGGUUGCAGGUUCACCCCAAGGAGCCACCCAAACUUGGAACAAAGUGCGAUGUGUUGUGCCACAAACAAAUGUGAUAGUGAACAGCGAACCCAAUAAAUGCUCCAACCAAGAGGACACGCCGCUGGAGAAUCUGCUCAGCAACACCGUGAAUAGACGUCGGCAAAACACAAUCCUAGUCAAGGUACCUGGAACUGAGGAAGAUCAAGAGAGCGGUUAAGAGGCCAGUGACAUUGUUUCCAACGGUGGCCAAUCUAACAAUGCAAGCCAAAACAUUACACUGAUUACACUCAACUCAGAAGAUGACUAUCCUGAAGGCACCUGGUUGGGUGAUGAGAACAAUCCUCAGAUAAGAGUGCGUUGUCCAGUAUCUCCAGCUGACAUGCUUUACAUCAGUACAAACUGCAGAACACCUGAGAAAAUGGCUUUGACUCUGUUGGACUACCUUUUUCACCGAGAGGUCCAAGCCACGUCAAAUCUUUCUGGCCAAGGCAAACAUGGCAAGAAGCAGUUGGACCCACUCAUGAUCUACGGCAUUCGCUGUCACUUGUUCCACAAAUUUACCAUCAGUGAAUCUGAUUGGUAUCGCAUCAAGCAGAGCAUUGACUCCAAGUGUCGCACGGCCUGGAGACGGAAGCAGCGUGGCCAGAGUUUGGCUGUGAAGAGCUUCUCAAAACGCACACCUCGCAGUUCGGCGACAGAGGAGGGCAUCACAGAAGAAGCCGCUCAUAUCGAGACUGCAGCCCCACAAACUUUGCACUACACUCUGGCCAAUCAGCAAGUACAGUUCCACCGAAUUGGUGAAGAUGGACAAGUUCAGGUGAUUCCACAAGGCCAGUUGCACAUUGCGCAGGUGCCACAAGGAGAAGAGGUCCAGAUCACACAGGAUAGUGAGGGAAACCUGCAGAUCCACCAGGUACAUGUUGGACAGGACGGACAGGUGCUGCGUGGGGCUCAGCUGAUAGCGGUGGCAUCAGCUGACGGGGGAGCCACAGCAGUAGAGGGUACUGCCCUUCCUCCUGACAUUCAAGUGCAGUAUGUCCAGCUAGCCCCUGUGACAGAUCAUGGAGCUGCUGUGCAGGCGGCCGAGAUCGCUCCAGCCUUGCAGGCUGACAUGGAAGUUAAGGAGGCCAUUCAAGGAGCCAUCCAGGAAAAUGGGGAAGUGGUCCAGAUUGUCACAUCUGUGGCCACCUGAGAGAGAGGAGGGGUGGUGGGGUGGGGGGUGUAGAAAGAAAGAGAGAGAGAGAGAGAGAGAGCAAAAGCAGUCUGGUUUGAUUCACAACUCCUCUCUCACCAUCUUGACUUGAUGGGGCUGAAGGUAGCAUCAGAGGUAAACAAAGCUAUGAGAUCUGAGAUGUUAUGUCAGAAUUGUUUUAGCAAAAACUCAAAGUUACUGCUGAAUUGUACAAAAGCCUUUUUUUCAGUUUUGUUUUUACAUGUUAUUUCACCAGAUUGUUAAGUUCAAAUGUUUCAGUAUAGAAAUGAAAAGAACAUACACAAAGUCCUUCACUACAAUACACUCUAGAUUCUCUGGUGUCAGUUCUGGAUCACUGCAUAGACUUACAUAGACCACCAGCACACUUACUUAUUUAUAUCAGCAGUUGAAAACAAUAAUAAUAUAAUAACAUUAAGGCUAAUUGUAUCCCUGAAACCCUCGUCUAAUACUCAAGGUUUAUAAAACAGACAUAUAAUGACCAACAAUAAUAUUAUUAUUCUAACUGCACCAAUAACAAAUAAGAUUUGUCACCAUCAUAAAUAAGUCCAUGCUCUGUUUUAAUUUUUACUUUUGCUCAGCUUGUAUAUCUGAGUUGUCCAAUUGUAACGUGACUUCACUAUUUGGAAGCUAUUAUUUCAGACCCAGAAGACAAUGACAUAGAAGAGAUGGUAGAAAACAGUAUAAGACACUUAUUGGAAACCAAGAAAACCAUGAUGUUGUUUAUUUUCACUAGUUUUGUCUGAAAGAUGCACUCAUGUGAAUAAUAUAUGCCUGUGGUCUCCAUUUAAGUGUUUCUGAAUCUCUUCAUGCCUGUCAGACCCGCUCUUCAAACAAGCUUCAAAGUUUCCUUUGACAUUACUUUGCUUUCAUCUGUUACAAAAAGACAGAUGAAAAAAAGCAUAAAAAUCUGUUUGGUUUUGAGGUCUUGUUUCAUGUUGAGCAAAUUUAUUUCUGAAGUAAUCUGUUUUGUCAAAAUUCAACAACCAUAGGAUUAGGCUACUGUGCUGUCAGCAAUCUUAAUAAAGUAGACAACAUUUU